AUGGCUUACAGUGUUGCCAACAACUUCCCUUUCAGUUCCUGGGGUGAGGCUCUUUUCCUCAUGCUGCAAACAGUCACCAUUGGCUUCCUCAUUCAGCAUUAUGGAAAAAGAACCAGCACAGGUCUCCUAUUCAUGGUUAUAUACUUUAUCCUGCUGGUGCUGCUGCUGUCUCCAGUGACUCCUAUGUCAGUGGUUACCUCCAUGCAGGCCUUCAACAUGCCGGCGAUCAUCAUUGGGAGGCUCAUCCAGGCAUCCACCAACUAC